AUGGCUGUGGAUCAACAUGCUCAAUUGGACACCUUUGGGUUGAUCUUCCCAUUACCGCUUCGUAUAGCUGCCAUCUUGGUUGCUGGUUUCUGGGGAUGGGGUAUCAACCUUCAAUACCUGGCAAAAGCCAACAUCGACGUACCGGCGCUCGUCAAAUAUCCUGCCCGAACGAAUAACUCGCAACGGCCGCACCACACUGCCGUCUACCGCCUGGCGACAUGCUUCAGCAUCCCACUUGCCCUAUGGUGGUUAGUCUUCUGGAUAGCCACCCACCGGUCUCCUGAAUUGGUCGAGCGACUGGACUGGAUACCCCAAUCGGUCUACAUUAUCCUCCUGCUUAUUCUGAUCUGGCCCUUCAAUCGCGCCUCCCGUGCGGGCCGAAUCCGAUUUCUCCUUACUUUCAAGCGCGUCCUCGUCGGAGGUCUCGCGGAGACCCAGGAUGGCAAGUUUGGUGACAUUCUGCUGGCAGAUGCCCUAACUAGCUACGCAAAAGUGAUCGGAGAUCUGUACGUCAGCUUCUGCAUGUUCUUCACCGAUGGACUUGCCGCGACUUCUAAACCCAACCGGGCCUGCGGACACGAAAUCGUCGUUCCAAUCAUCAUGCUUGUUCCCAGCUUGAUUCGUCUUCGCCAGUGUUUAACCGAGUACAUUCGGGCUCGACGGACGGCUACGCGGAGAGAAACGCACAGAGGAAACCAACAUUUGGCCAACGCUCUCAAGUAUGCCUCGGCUUUCCCUGUCAUUUGGAUCUCCUGCAAAAUGCGCAACUACAAUCCGUUGGAUUUCCGCGGUUAUAGCGAGGUCAGCAUGGUACGCCUUCUAUUCAUCGUGUCUUUCAUCAACUCUGCCUACUCCUUCUGGUGGGAUGUCGUCAAGGAUUGGGAUAUGACUCUCUUCACCCAGCAGCGCCACCACCGCGACCAUCCCUAUGGCCUCCGCCGGCAUCGCUACUUCACAUCCGACAAGAUCUACCACUACGUCAUUAUCGCUGAUUUGGCACUUCGCUUCUCGUGGUUAUGGCGCAUCAUCCCAGGCUUGGGCUGGGUAACAGAAACCGAGAGCGGGAUCUGGCUGCUCAUGGUCCUGGAAGUUGUACGACGAUGGAUGUGGGUUUUCUUCAGGACCGAAGCCGAGUGGAUCCGAAACACCCACGGCCCUGGCCCAGACGACGUCCUCCUGGGAGAAUACAACCACAAACUCGUCGCAGACUAA